AUGCUGAAAAAAGCGCUGAAAAACAAAGAAAUUCAGACGGAUGAGACGUCGACGAGUGUUCUCAGACAUAUUGAGAUUAGUUUGAGGACGAAUAGUGUUGACUGGGUCUUCGAAUUCCUCAACACGCCGAAUCUGGGACUCCGAAAACUGGUCGACUACAUGCGAACACUGCUCGCCGACUGUGCACCGUCCGUCCCAUCGACGUCUUCUGGAUUUCCGAUUCUUCAUCAUCAUCAGACACCGAAUAACACGACGAUGUCAUCGAACGGCGGCGCCAACAACAGCUCCACAUUCCACGAAUCGCCGUCACACAAUUCGUCGUCAGACGCCACGGCGAACUCGUCGAUUUUCAGCAAUAUUUCAGCAGAUGCCACCGCGAAUUUGUUGAAGAAAGGUCCACUGACAAUUUCGAAGGGAAAAGUGGCGAAAAGUACGGGAGAAGCGGAGGAUGACAUUCAUAUCUGUAUGAUGUGCCUUCGGGCGAUAAUGAAUAAUAAACAAGGAUUUCAACAAGUUUUCGCCGAUGUCGAAGCGAUAUACUGUAUCGUCCGGAGUAUAUUACAUCAGAAUUUGAGAACAAAAACGUUGGUAAUCCAAAUGCUCUCAUCGAUUUGUAUGGUCCAAGGUGGUCAAGAGAUCGUGUCAGACGCAUUUGACCGUUUCGAAAAGGAUUUUCGUGAGCCUCGUCGCUUCUCAACACUAAUUCAAUUCGUUCGGAAUCCACCUGAAUUCCACGUGGAAUUCCUCUCAUCGGCCGUCCAAUUCUUUGAUUAUUUCGUCAAUAACGUCGACGAUUUGAAUUUCCGCGUCCAUCUACAGUAUGAAAUGACACUACUCGGAUUGGAUAAAUAUAUUGAACAAAUGUCGGAAUGUGAAUCUGAUGAACUACAAGAACGAAUGAUUUCGUAUCAGAAUUCGGCGAUUGACGUCGCACAACUUUUGGAGGAUUCGAAUCAGAAGACUGAGUUGAUUGACGAGAAGGAGACGUUGAAAAUGAGAUUGUCACAGGCGAACGAACGUGUGCAAGAAGUCGAAGCAAAAUGGAUCACCGACAAAGCGGCACUCGACCGUCGACUACUCGAUUUAGUGAUGGAAAGAGAACGAAUGGAGAAAGAGCACGUCGAGCAGAAGGGAACGUGGACGAAGACGAUGAAUGAAAAGGAUCGACAGGCGAGAGAAGAGAGAAAACGAUUGGAACAGAAGAUUGGAGAGUUGGAGGCGAUGCAAAAGCAGAUGCAGGCCGGUCUUCAAGUGCAACAACAACAAGCUCAAGCGGCAGCUCAAAAGUCUCCACCAACACCGCCACCACCGGCUCCAGGUCCCCAUAAAGAGCAACGUCGCUCUACGUCGAAAGACCCCCGCCCGGCUCCGCCCCCAAUUUCAUCGAUCCCUCCGCCACCGCCGAUCGCUGGCCUAAUAGCCGCAAACGGUUCGAACGUCCCAAUCCCUCCGCCCCCUCCACCGCUCCCCGGGGCCACCGGAGCUCCGCCCCCUCCGCCACCACCGCCACCAAUCGGAGGUGGACCGCCCCCUCCUCCGCCACCGCCCGGAUCGUUGGCUCCGCCCUCAAAUGAUGUGAAAACGAUCAAAAAAAUCUAUCAGACGAAGAAUAAGUUGCCGCAAUUAAAUUGGACGGCGAUGAAACCGAUGCAGGCGAAGAAUACGGUGUUUGAGAAGCUUAAUGAUGAGUUAAUUAUUGAGAAAAUCGAUUUUUCGAAGCUCGAAGAGAUGUUUAAGAUGGCUCCGCCCACUAUUGGAGGGCUCGGCGAGCCGAAGAACGAGACGGGACCCUUGGGACAGGUUAGUCCUGGAAGUGCGACGUCGGGAGGUGCGGUCGCGUCGGCGAGAAAGAAUACGUUGAUGGAUGCGAAGAGGUUGCAGAAUGUUGCCAUCACUCGUCGCAAAGUGGCAAUGGAUGCGAAAUCGAUAAUGGCGGCUGUGCAUCAACUCGACUUGCAAUCCCUAUCACCCGAAAAAGUGGAUAUCCUCUCCAGAAUUCUUCCGACAGACGACGAACGUAAAAUCUACGCGGAAAAGCGUGAAAAAUCGAAAGAAAAUUCGGAAAAUUCUCAAAUUUCUCAAAAUUCGAUGGAAAAUCUGUCGGAAGAGGAUCAUUUCGUCGCGGCACUCUGCGAAAUCGAACGUCUCGAACACAAAUUGACAGUGAUGCGUGUCAUGUCGGAAUUCGACGAAUCCGCCGCGCUUCUGGAACCCCAGCUGACUCAUGUGACGGCGGCGUCGAAAUGUGCGCGAGAAGCGCAAGAAUUUCAUGGAGUACUCGAAGUUAUUCUCGCUUUUGGAAACUAUAUGAAUAGCGGGAAAAGGGGCGGAGCCUACGGAUUCAAAUUGUCAUCGUUGGACUCGUUGGCUAUUCUGAAAUCACCAACUGAUAGAAGUUUGACACUGUUGCAUAUGAUUGUCGCCGAAAUUGAGUCGAAUUUGCCCCAUUUGAAGACAUUCUCCGAGCAGCUGAAAUUUGUCGACAAAGCGACAAGUGUCCAAUGGGAUUCUGUCGCCUCUGAUAUGAAAGAUUUGGAGCAAGGAUUCAAAAUGGCUGAAAAAGAGCAAUCGCUGAAAGGCGCAGACUGUCCAGAAACGCUCAACGAGUUCAUCAAAACGCGAAAACAGAAAAUGUCGGAUUUGGAGCAAUCAUUCCAAUUGGCGAAAUCGUCGUUCAAAGAUUGCUGUGAAUUCUACGGAGAGAACGAGAAAACCACGUCGCCCAAUGUGUUCUUCCAGAAAUUGGCUCAUUUCGUCACGAAUUAUAACAAGUGUCGAUUGGAGAAUGAGGCGAAAGCCGCGUUGGAGAGGCGUCAAAAAGAGGAACAAGAACGUCGCGCGCGAGUCGCCAGCUCGAAAUCGUCCGUCUCAUCGGAACAAGAUCAACUAAUGCUGGAAUUGGCUGAAAAAGUGGGCGGAUUGGGUGGUGGAAGACGGCAGAGAGCGAAGAUUGACAGUACUCGAAUGGAUCAUGGCGAUUUCGAGAAAUUGAUGAAUGGUCUGAAACAUACGGGCGGUACCACUCCAAACCGUCGGAAGAUGUCCAAAUCACCGUCACCAGCGCCCCGAAGCUCCGCCCCUCCGCCAGUGGCGCCGAAAACGAGAGUCGAUCGUGAAGUGGAAAGAUAUGAGGGCAGAGCAGCCUGGUUGGUAGCCCGAGCAGGAAAUGCAAGACAUCGGCAAUUCGAGAUAUGCCGACGAUGUGGAGCAUCUCACAUCCCCAGAACGUCACCGGAGCAAGUCGUGACGAUAACAAUGUUCCCGCCAUGCUUCUUCACCGACACAACACUGCUCGAAGAUAUACGAGGAGCGCCAGAAACACAGAGAGAAGAACUUUAUCAAAUGGUUUCAAAGUUCAUCUAG